AUGAGCAUCAAUUCAUCUUCCACCGAACAACCUCCCCCUGAACUUCUCGACAAACCCGGUAUCGAAAAAACCACUACAACAACACAAUGGCAUCUUGCCCCCGAACUACAAAACAUGCGCGACCGUGACGAAGAAAUUGGUCAAAAGCCCCGUAAAUUGGGCGUUACAUGGCAAAACCUCACCGUUAAAGGCGUGGGUAGCGAUGCAGCCUUCAACGAAAACGUCGUUUCCCAAUUCUACCCUUUUCAUUCGGCUGCCAAAGACGCUCCUAUGAAGACCAUUAUCGACGGUUCGCACGGUUGUGUCAAGCCCGGUGAGAUGUUGCUUGUUCUUGGACGGCCUGGUAGUGGAUGUACUACACUCUUGAACGUUCUCGCCAAUAAUCGCCGGGGUUACACAGAGGUCACGGGCGAUGUGCAUUUUGGAAACAUGUCUCCAAGCGAAGCCAAGGCUUAUCAAGGACAAAUUGUUAUGAACACUGAAGAAGAGAUCUUCUUCCCAAGCUUGACAGUUGAAGCAACUAUCGAUUUCGCCGCGAGAAUGAAAGUUCCCUUCCAUUUACCCCCCGGCAUCAACACCAAGGAAGAAUACGCCCAAUUCUACAAAGACUUUCUCAUGCGAUCCGUCAACAUCUCCCACACAGCCCACACAAAAGUAGGCGAUGCUUUCAUCAGAGGCGUUUCCGGCGGCGAGCGCAAGCGUGUGUCCAUCGUCGAGUGUCUUACUACGCGGGCCAGUGUGUUUUGCUGGGAUAACUCUACGCGCGGUCUUGACGCCAGCACUGCAUUGGAAUGGGUCAGAGCCAUACGAGCCAUGACUGACAUUCUCGGUCUUACGACGAUUGUGACGCUGUAUCAGGCUGGAAAUGGAAUCUAUGAGCAUUUUGAUAAAGUCCUUGUUCUUGAUGAAGGGAAGCAGAUCUUUUAUGGCCCGCAGAGAGAUGCUGUUCCGUUCAUGGAGGAUCUUGGGUUUGUCAGAGACUCAGGAUCGAACAGAGGAGACUUUUUGACGGGUGUUACUGUUCCAACCGAAAGGCGUGUUGCGCCUGGGUAUGAGAAUACCUUUCCCCGUGAUGCAGAUGCUGUCCGCGCUUCUUACGAUCGGUCGGUCAUCAAAGCGAGGAUGGUUGAGGAGUGUCAGGCAUACCCCACCAGCAACGAAGCAGUUCAAUACACUGCCAUCUUUAAAGAGAUGGUGACACGCGAGAAGCACAAGUUUGUACCCGCCAACUCCCCCACCACGGCGAACCUGGCUAUGCAAGUCCAAGCAGCUGUCACGAGACAGUAUCAAAUCAUGUGGGGUGAUAAGUCAACACUCUUUAUGAAGCAGGGCGCGACUCUGAUCCAGGCUUUCCUCGGUGGAUCCUUGUUCUACUCUGCGCCUGAUAACUCAGCUGGUCUUUUCCUCAAAGGCGGUGCUUUGUUCUUCUCCAUUCUGUACAAUGCCCUGUUGGCGUUGUCGGAAGUUACGGAUUCGUUCACUGGAAGACCUAUCCUUGCGAAACAUCGAGCCUUUGCGCUCUAUGAUCCUGCCGCUGUCUGCAUUGCGCAAGUCAUUGCGGAUUUGCCCAUUUUGGCUUUCCAAGUUAUUCAGUUCGGUUUGGUUCUUUACUUCCUCGUUGGUCUCAAGAGUACAGCCGGUGCCUUCUUUACAUAUCUCGCCACCAACUACAUCACUGCUUUGACCAUGACGGCAUUCUUCCGCUUCAUCGGCGCUGCGUUUCCGACUUUUGAUGCUGCUACAAAGGUCUCUGGUCUUUCCAUUGUUGCGUUGUUUGUAUACAUGGGUUACAUGAUCAUCAAGACCGAGAUGCAUCCCUGGCUAUCUUGGAUCUUCUGGAUCAACCCAAUGGCCUAUGGGUUUGAAGCUCUUCUUGGAAAUGAGUUUCAUGAUCAGGAGAUUCCUUGUGUUGGUCCGUAUCUCAUCCCCAACGGCCCGGGAUAUGUUGACGGGAAUGGAGGUCAGGCAUGCUCUGGUGUAGGAGGUGCUGAACCCGGUGCAGCAUUUGUUACGGGCGAUGCGUACCUCUCGCACAUGUCAUUCGAUCACAGCCAUAUCUGGCGUAACUUUGGCAUCAAUGUUGCAUGGUGGAUUCUGUUCGUUGGUCUCACUAUAUUCUUCACGUCUCGAUGGAAGCAAGUCGGCGAAGGUAGUCGAAAUCUCCUCAUUCCUCGCGAACAACAACACAAGUCCAAGCAUCUUCUUCCCUCCAAUGACAGCGAAGCCUCAACUGAGAAGAGUCGCGCUGAGAAUGGAUCUGGAGCUUCAGAUGGUGAGGUCGACCCAAACCUCAUGCGCAACAAGAGUGUCUUUACUUGGAAGAAUUUGACAUACACCGUCAAAACCUCAGACGGUGACCGCGUUCUCCUUGAUGAUGUGCAAGGCUACGUGAAACCUGGUAUGCUUGGUGCCUUGAUGGGUUCUUCUGGUGCAGGUAAAACCACACUCCUCGAUGUCCUCGCGCAACGAAAAACAGAGGGAUCAAUCCAUGGAUCGGUUUUAGUCGACGGGCGACCUAUCCCUGUCUCCUUUCAACGAUCAGCUGGGUAUGUCGAACAAUUGGAUAUCCACGAGCCUCUGGCAACUGUUCGCGAAGCCCUCGAAUUUUCUGCUUUGCUACGACAGUCUCGCGAUGUGCCCACUGAAGAAAAGUUGCGCUAUGUUGAUACUAUAGUUGAUCUCUUGGAGUUAAAUGACCUCGAACAUACGCUUGUUGGCCGACCUGGAAAUGGUCUGUCAAUUGAACAACGAAAACGUCUUACAAUUGCUGUUGAACUGGUCGCGAAACCCAGCAUACUUAUCUUUCUUGACGAACCAACAUCUGGACUCGAUGGACAGGCUGCUUACAAUACAGUGAGGUUUCUUCGCAAGCUUUCAGCCGCUGGGCAGGCUGUUUUGGUGACUAUUCAUCAGCCAUCGGCACAGUUGUUUGCUCAGUUUGACACCUUGUUGCUCCUUGCAAAAGGUGGAAAGACUGUGUAUUUUGGCGACAUUGGCGACAACGCUGCUACUGUGAAGGAAUACUUUGGCCGUCAUGGAGCACCAUGUCCAUCUGAAGCCAAUCCCGCUGAACACAUGAUCGAUGUGGUGUCGGGUGGAGAUGGACCGUACAAGGACACAGAUGGAAUCAGGUUGGCUUCAGUCUCCGGAACACUAUCCACUCAUCAAGGAUCUGGACCACAUGAUCGAAGUGGCUGCAUCUCAACCAUCGAGUACCAAAGACGACGGCAACGAAUUCGCAGCUUCAAUGUGGACACAGGUCAAACUGGUAACGCACCGAAUGAACGUCUCUCUCUUCCGAAACACAGAGUACAUCGACAACAAAUUCGCCAUGCACAUCAGUCUAGCGUUACUCAAUGGUUUUACGUUCUGGCAGAUCGGUGACAGUCUUACAGAUCUUCAGCAGAAUCUUUUUACAGUUUUCAACUUUAUCUUCAUCGCUCCGGGUAUUAUUUCACAGUUGCAACCUCUGUUUAUUGACAGAAGGGAUAUUUAUGAGGCAAGGGAGAAGAAGAGCAAGAUGUAUCACUGGGCGCCGUUUGUUACUGGUCUGAUUGUAUCGGAGAUUCCGUACCUGCUUGUUUGUGCGCUGUUGUAUUAUGUUUGUUGGUAUUUCACUGCCGGACUUCCUACUGGUAGUGGACAUGCGGGUAGUGUUUUCUUUGUUGUGGUCAUGUACGAAGGGUUGUAUACUGGCAUCGGUCAAAUGAUCGCUGCAUACACCCCCAACGCCGUCUUUGCAUCGCUCGUCAAUCCUCUUGUCAUCACCACUCUUGUCUCGUUUUGCGGUGUCAUGGUACCUUAUAGUCAGAUUGUCCCAUUCUGGCGCUACUGGAUGUACUUCAUCGAUCCCUUCAACUACCUCAUGAGUUCACUCCUCGUGUUUACAACUUGGGACAAGCCUGUCCACUGCAAGCCCAACGAACUCGCCGUCUUCGACCCUCCUUCCAACAUGACCUGCGCCGAGUACCUCUCCGAUUACCAGGGUGGUAUGGGUAAGGCUACAAACCUUCUCAAUCCAGAUGCGACCGCCUCCUGUCAAGUUUGUCAAUACACCUCGGGGGCGGAUUAUCUUCGAUCGCUGAACCUCAAGGAGGAAUACUACGGAUGGAGGAAUGCAGGAAUUGUUGUUGUGUUUGUGAUUGGUAUAUAUGGGCUUGUGUAUCUUAUGAUGAAGCUUAGGACUAAGGCUACUAAGAAGGCGGAGUCUUGA